CAAGCCAGCCCCAACGCCCUGCUGCAUUCCCUGCUCUCCUUUUCCUGCUCCUCCCUUCCCUGCCAUCUUCUGCUCACCAGCAGCUGAAAUACGUCGGCCUCAGAGCUGUAAUAGUUGUCUGAACGUGAAGCAUAGGCCACACGCAGCACACGCCACGUGAAACCACGUAGAAAUCAAUCAUAGAGGAGGAUCUCACCGACCCAGCUUGGUGAAACCUCUCUACGCUUAGAUCACGCAAUUCUCAACGACCAGCCCGGAGAAUCCUUCUGUACGCUUGAAAUUAGUCCCCGCAAUCCUCGCAGAAUCACUUCGUUCUUUUCAAAUUCGAUUUAGACUCCAGCAAAAUGACGUAUCGACAUCGAGAUCAAGAAGCCACUUGUCUCGCGCCACCACCAAUCUCUCCCUUCACCCCUCGCGGCCGAAUCGACGAAUUUAGCAGCCGCUCGCCGGACAGCGUUUCCGCUUCUCUCGACCGCAGUAGCGCUGGCGGAAGCGGACCCGGGGACGACUCCUCAGACCGCCUCAUGCGCAGCUCGCAGUACUCCGCGGAACGAUCUAGCGGUGGAAGCGCCGAUGGGGGAAGCCUUUAUGGAAGCGGAAGCAGCCACGGAAGCCCCAGUAGUGCCAGUCACUCGGCUCAGCAGCACCAUUCGCAUCGUCAGCAGCAGGGAGGGUUCCCUCCGGAACGGCGGGAUCCGCGAAUGAACCGCGUCGUCGUCGGCGGCGGAGCAGUCUACGCAGCGGCUGGCGCGACCACAGCCGAAAUGGAGUACGGCUACGAGCGCUACAGCCAUCCCGGCGCCAAGAGCGGCGCUAUUGCCGGCGGCGGCGGGAACCACAGCCAGGUCGCUCCGCGAGGCGGCAGCGCACGCGCGAACAGCUUAGGUAGGCAGCUUUCGAGCUACGACAGCCCCAUCGCUACUCGCGCUUCAGAAUACGCCACCGGAAGCGCCGGGUACAGAGUCGCCGCCGGAAGUGCCGGGUACAGCAGAGCCGGUGUGGGGACUGGGUCUUCUUCUGGCCUUUGUUCCGGAGCGGGAGGAGGAGCGCAAAGCGCGGGGACGCGAAGAAGUGGAAUCAGCAAAAUGGGAGACGAGCAUUUGAGCGCUGAGCGCGGAUGGUGGGGCCAUUCAAUGAACGUCACGGAAGGUUGGUGGAGGGAAGGUGACAAAUACGCAAGGGAAUCAGCCUGCGCUGCUGCUGGGAGAGGGGCCGUUGUUGGCGAAGGAGCGAGAUUUCUUACCGCACAUAGUCUGGAAGGCAGUAGACAGGCAGCUAGGGUUAUGGCCGUGUUGAACGCUGCGGCAGAGGAGGAUGAGGAUGCAGCGCACGAGGAAGUAAAUAACAGGGGACCAGCAGGCACGGGGGCGGCGAAAACGUCACAUCUGGCAUCAGCCAAGUCCGUUGUUGCGAUCAUGGCUGUGGUGAUUGUAGUAUUGGUGCUGCUUCCUGCUUGCUUGUCAGACGUGGCCCCUCCACCUGCGGAGCUGAUGCUAGUCCCUGUGGUUGUGAUGCUCUUGCUGCUGACGCUCGUCCUCACUCCCACCGUCUCCUCGUUCCCUGCUCGCAGCCAUCCUUGAUACGUGUAGCUAUUGCAUUAGAUGGGUACUACAAUUGUUGCAUUUUCCGCAUGAGCACAAACAAUACGAUUUUUGGCAAUCUUGGACUUGACAUUCUUUUAUCAUUGUCAGUUGUAUGUAGUGUA